ACAGCCUUAAAAAGAACAAGAACAUUUUGUUUUGUUAAAGCUGAACAUUUUAAAUCAUAAUAAUCCUCAAAUCUUAAAAUGCGCCGGCUUACCCCCAAAGAAAAGAAACUACAUGAGUGCUCACAUUGUCUGAAGACUUUUACCUCCCAGGGCAAACUGAGAGUACACCGGCGCGUUCACACGGGAGAGAAACCGUACGAGUGCACACAGUGUGAAAGGAGAUUCGCUCAACAGAUUCAUCUCCAGCAACACCAGCGCUUCCACACCGGAGAGAACCCGUAUCACUGCUCACUGUGCGGGAAGAGAUUUACCCGACAGAGCUGUCUCCAACAGCACCAGCGCAUUCACACAGGAGAGAACCCAUAUCACUGCUCUCAGUGUGGAAAGGGCUUUUCCAACCUGACACAUUUCCAAACACACGAGCGGACCCACACAGGAGAAAAACCCUUUCCAUGUUCACAGUGUAAAAGAGGUUUUUCUAACUAUGGGAAUCUCCAACGACACCAGCGCAUUCACACCGGGGAGAAACCAUAUGAGUGUUCACACUGUGGAAAGAGUUUUGCUCAGAAGAAUAAUCUCCAGCGACACCAGUUCAUCCACACUGGAGAGAAACCAUUCCAGUGCUCUCUGUGUGGGAAAAGAUUUACUGUACAUAGCAAUUUUCUUCAACACCAGCACAGUCACACUGGAGUAAAACCGUAUCAGUGCUCACAGUGUGAGAAAGGUUUUACUCAGAAGAGCGAUCUCAAGCGACACCAGCGCAUUCAUACAGGAGAAAAAACACACCAGUGCUUAAAGUGUGGGAAGAGUUUUUCCUCCCGCUGGAAUCUCCAGCAACACCAGCUUCAUCACAACGGAGUCAAACCAUACCAGUGCUCCCAGUGUGGAAAAUCUUUUACCUACCAGAGUAACCUGCAGCAGCAUCAGAGAAGUCACACCGGAGUAAAACCGUAUCAGUGCUCACAGUGUGAAAAGAGUUUCACUCGACGGAGUCGAUUACAGACCCACCAGCUCAUUCACACAGGAGAGAAGCUGUACUGAUGCUCACACCGUGUCCAGAUAUUUACUAUCAAAUUACAUUCAAGAGACUGAACCUUGAACCUUGAAUUUAUCAAAAUUAUGAAGUGUAUUUCAGAGUAAUAGUCAGAAGUUUUCAGAGAAGUUGUGACAUAUAAAAUGCAAUAAAAAGAAG